AUGCCGACGAUUUCUGUUGGCGAUGGCCUCGAUGUGAACUACGACAAGGAGCAACGAGUGUGUUCGUGCAAUGGGAUGCAGCUCAUCCUACAGUCUGCACAUGCCUCAGCGACACUGAAAGAGGCCGACAAGCAUGACAUCUGGCAAAGUCAGAGAACAAGCUGGGCGUUGGCCUAUACGGCCGCAUUCUACCUCGCGAGUGAGACCGGUGCUUCCUUUGACAUCGACUCAUCAUCCCAGGACGCGAGUGUCCGACAGCGUGCUUCCAGUCUGACACAAAGCCGAAUAACACGAUCUUACGUCAUGCAACUCUUUGCUCUUCAUCUCUCUGCCCCUCAGCAGCCUUUCCCGAACAUUGCGAGCCACACAGAGUCAAAGAGGGGCACCAUCGCACACCCCUUGCGGCCUCCACAGCCGCUGGGAUGCGUCUACUCACGCUAUAUACCCCAUCUCGACGAGUAUUUCCAACUCGAGCCUUACGACCACGCGCGACUCGACCUCAUGCACGGCUGGCUCAACGAUCCCCGGGUCGACCAGUACUGGCAAGACAAGGGCACGCUCGAAGAUCACAAGAAGUACCUUGGCGCCAAGAUCGAUGACCUGCAUAAUGUCCCUGUCAUUGGCUCAUACAGAUCUGACAGAUCGGGCGUCAGUCCUGCGUGCUACUUUGACAUCUACUGGGCAAAGGAGGAUCGCAUAGGCGAAUUCUACGAUGCGGGCGACUACGAUAGAGGCAUCCAUAUGCUCGUCGGAUCCAAAGAUCACAGAGGACCUCAUCGCGUACGAGCCUGGCUCGUCUCGCUUUGUCACUACAUCUUCAUAGACGAUCCCAGGACGAUGCGGAUCGUAUCUGAGCCGGAUGCACGCAAUACUAAGAUGAUCGACUACCUCAUCAAACACGGUUUCAGGAAGGAAAAAGAGUUUGACUUUCCGCACAAGCGCGCAGCUCUCAUGAUCCUCGACCGCACAGACUACUUCGUCAACGAUCGCUGGUAG